GGAAACAACGCGACCGUCCUUCUUGCAAGCCACAACAACACAAAGCAAGCAGGCCUCCAAUGAACUGAAUGGCUCUGCCUAUAAAUUUCUCCUCUCAUGCCUCGUGAAAAUGUAAAACAGCCCCAUUGGCAAAUCCCUGUCUGCCCGCUGGCAAUAUUUAAGCCGUCUCGUGGAUUGGCAAGAGGCUGGCGGCAUCGAGGGUGACAGGAGAAAGAAACCCAAAGGUGCAGGAUAAACACACCAGGAAGGAAGGAAGGAAGGAAGGAAGGAAGGAAGGAAGGAAGGAAGGAAGGGCGCCCAGGAGAUCCAAGCGGCAAUGGAGCCAAGCACAACUACUCUUCCUCCUGCCUUCCCCCAACAGAGCUUGGAGGCUGUGGAUAUUGUUGUCCUGGUUCUGUACUUUGUAUUUGUUUUGGCUGUUGGACUGUGGUCCAUGUGGAAAACCAAGCGAAGCACUGUGAAGGGCUACUUCUUGGCUGGAGGAGAGAUGGUCUGGUGGCCAGUGGGGGCAUCUCUCUUCGCCAGUAAUGUCGGCAGCGGACAUUUCAUUGGCCUGGCUGGCUCCGGGGCAGCGUCUGGAAUUGGUGCUACAGCUUAUGAGUGGAAUGGCAUGUUCUGUGUCUUGGUGCUGGCAUGGCUGUUUCUGCCCAUCUACGUGGCAGCAGGGGUGACAACCAUGCCAGAAUAUUUGCAGAGGCGCUUUGGGGGCAAAAGGAUUCAAAUCUUCCUAGCGAUUCUCUACUUGUUUAUCUAUAUAUUCACCAAAAUCUCAGUUGACAUGUAUGCUGGGGCCCUCUUCAUCCAGCAGGCCUUGCACUGGGAUCUCUACGUGGCUGUCAUUGGGCUGCUGGUUAUCACAGCUAUUUACACUGUGGCAGGUGGCCUGGCAGCUGUGAUAUACACCGAUGCCCUGCAGACAGUCAUCAUGCUAGCUGGGGCGCUGACGCUGAUGGGCUUCAGUUUUUCCAAAGUUGGAGGGCUGGAAGACUUGCAGAACAGAUACUUCCAAGCCAUUGCGAGCAACCGCAAUGGCAACAACAGCUGCGGUUUACCCAGGGAUGAUGCUUUCCACAUCUUCCGGGAUCCUAUCACGUCUGACCUUCCCUGGCCGGGAGUGCUGGUUGGAAUGACCAUCCCCUCGCUGUGGUACUGGUGCACAGACCAGGUCAUUGUUCAAAGAUCUUUGGCAGCCAAGAACCUCUCUCAUGCCAAAGGGGGAGCCUUGCUGGCCUCCUACUUGAAAAUCCUGCCCUUGUUUAUGAUGGUUCUGCCUGGCAUGAUCAGCCGCAUCCUCUUUCCAGAUCUCGUGGCUUGUGCUGAUCCGAACACCUGCAAAACGAUCUGUGGCAACCCAUCUGGAUGUUCUGAUAUUGCAUAUCCCAAAUUGGUCAUUGAACUUUUGCCAAUUGGACUCAGAGGUCUGAUGAUGUCCGUGAUGAUUGCAGCACUGAUGUCCUCCCUGACUUCCAUCUUCAACAGCGCAAGCACCAUUUUCACCAUGGAUCUCUGGCGAAAUAUCAGGCCCCUCUCUUCGGAGUGGGAGCUCAUGAUCGUCGGCAGGGUCUUUGUCCUGCUCCUUGUAGUCAUUUCCAUCUUAUGGAUUCCGCUGGUCCAGGCCACAGGGGGACAGCUCUUCAUUUACAUCCAGACCAUCAGUUCCUACCUGCAACCUCCUGUGGCCGUGGUCUUCAUCCUGGGCUGCUUCUGGAAGAGAACAAAUGAAAAGGGGGCAUUCUGUGGCCUUUUGAUCGAUGGAAUGGGCCUGAUCCGAAUGGUGCUGGAUUUCGUCUACCCGCUGCCACGGUGCGAUGAGGCAGAUGGCCGUCCAGCGGUGGUGAAAUACGUCCACUACCUCUACUUCUCCAUGAUUCUGAGUCUGGCUACGCUGCUUGUGGUGGUGACUGUUAGUCUCCUGACAGAGCCUCCUUCAAAGGAAAGGGUCAUUGUUCAAAGAUCUUUGGCAGCCAAGAACCUCUCUCAUGCCAAAGGGGGAGCCUUGCUGGCCUCCUACUUGAAAAUCCUGCCCUUGUUUAUGAUGCCAGACCAAGUUCCAAGCACAGGUCUUGCUUCUUCUGUUCCCUCUGUAGGUGGCCUGGCAGCUGUGAUAUACACCGAUGCCCUGCAGACAGUCAUCAUGCUAGCUGGGGCGCUGACGCUGAUGGGCUUCAGUUUUUCCAAAGUUGGAGGGCUGGAAGACUUGCAGAACAGAUACUUCCAAGCCAUUGCGAGCAACCGCAAUGGCAACAACAGCUGCGGUUUACCCAGGGAUGAUGCUUUCCACAUCUUCCGGGAUCCUAUCACGUCUGACCUUCCCUGGCCGGGAGUGCUGGUUGGAAUGACCAUCCCCUCGCUGUGGUACUGGUGCACAGACCAGGUCAUUGUUCAAAGAUCUUUGGCAGCCAAGAACUUGUCUCAUGCCAAAGGGGGAGCCUUGCUGGCCUCCUACUUGAAAAUCCUGCCCUUGUUUAUGAUGGUUCUGCCUGGCAUGAUCAGCCGCAUCCUCUUUCCAGAUCUCGUGGCUUGUGCUGAUCCGAACACCUGCAAAACGAUCUGUGGCAACCCAUCUGGAUGUUCUGAUAUUGCAUACCCCAAAUUGGUCAUUGAACUUUUGCCAAUUGGACUCAGAGGUCUGAUGAUGUCCGUGAUGAUUGCAGCACUGAUGUCCUCCCUGACUUCCAUCUUCAACAGCGCAAGCACCAUUUUCACCAUGGAUCUCUGGCGAAAUAUCAGGCCCCUCUCUUCGGAGUGGGAGCUCAUGAUCGUCGGCAGGGUCUUUGUCCUGCUCCUUGUAGUCAUUUCCAUCUUAUGGAUUCCGCUGGUCCAGGCCAGCCAGGGGGGACAGCUCUUCAUUUACAUCCAGACCAUCAGUUCCUACCUGCAACCUCCUGUGGCCGUGGUCUUCAUCCUGGGCUGCUUCUGGAAGAGAACAAAUGAAAAGGGGGCAUUCUGUGGCCUUUUGAUCGGGAUGGGAAUGGGCCUGAUCCGAAUGGUGCUGGAUUUCGUCUACCCGCUGCCACGGUGCGAUGAGGCAGAUGGCCGUCCAGCGGUGGUGAAAUACGUCCACUACCUCUACUUCUCCAUGAUUCUGAGUCUGGCUACGCUGCUUGUGGUGGUGACUGUUAGUCUCCUGACAGAGCCUCCUUCAAAGGAAAGGAUCAGCCGCCUCACCUGGUUCACCCGCAAGGAUGCUCAGGUAGAGAAGGAUGUCCUUCCACAAGCUCCCAGAAGCCCUGCUGUGCCUCUCCCUGCCAACGGUGUCCAUGAGGCUGGUCCUCCUUCUCCAGUGCAGCUUGAGAUCAGUGAUGGCCCUGAAAACAAUCAAAAUGGUUCCCUGGACUGUAAGAAGACCUCCAAACUCACAAGGCUGUUUUUGUGGAUCUGUGGGAUGGAGAGCAGGAAUGCGGACACUCCAAAAUCUGCUGCAGAAUUGAAAAGUGAAAUCGCCAUGGCUUCCACGAAGGAAGCACCUUUUGUGAAGCACAUCCUCAAUGUCAACCUGAUGGUCUGCUUAAGCGCAGGUGUCUUCCUCUGGGCUUACUUUGCGUAGCAUUGAGCCUCAUCUAUUCAAAAGACGCUGUUCAGCGCCAAGCAGAUGGGCAUUGCUAUAGGAAGAACGAAGGCGAAUGAUAACACUUAAUAAUGACCCUGUACCAGAAACUGUGAAUGCUUGCAGAUGGACUUGAAGAAUUCUCGGUAGGAGAAAUCCAGAGCCGCUCCAAUGUAACCGGGUCCCAGGCUGGGAUUUUGGGGGCAAAGACCAAUAGCAGGUUUGCUUGGCACAGUUAUUAUUUAAAAAAGUGAAACACCAUCCUUUGCCAUGCAUUUCCUGACAGUUGCAUGACCCCACAUGUGGCAGGUCUCUUUUGUGGCUCUGGGGGUUGUAGCCAGCUAAGUUCUACUCAGAGUAAACCCAUUGAAAUUAGCAAACAAUAGAUAGGACUAUGGAACUAACUAUUCCCUAGGAGGCAGUGAGAGCCACCAACCUAGAUAGUUUUGUAAGAGAAUUAGAUAAAUUCAUGGAGAGCUAUUAAUGUCUACUAGCCAUGAAGGUUCUGCUCUGCCUGGGAAAAGCAAUGCUUCUGAAUCCUGGCUGCUGGAAACCACAGGAAGGGAGUGUGAACUUCUGCUCAAAUCCCACUUUUGGGUUUUGGUUGACCCUUGUGAGAACAGGAUGCUGGCCGGAUCCAGCAGGCUCUUCUUAAAGGUAAAGGUAAAGGGACCCCUGACCAUUAGGUCCGGUCGUGGCCGACU